AUGUUAGGAAUGGCACUCUCAGAACAAGAUGAACCCGUUCGCAAACGCCCAAGAUUAGAAGUCCCGGAAAGUCAUCCAAAGACUAACUUCAAAUCUCUUCCCCCGGAAGUUCGAUUGAUGAUCUGGGAACAUACAUGGCCUGCAGCACAGGUUGUCGAAGCUGCAAGUCAGGCAAAAUUUGAUGACGAUAACGAUGAAUGCUAUGAUUUUACAAUAUUUCGUCCUGUUAGCUCUCUCGAUACGAUCCUACGGGCGGAUUUCAGUUCGAGACCCUUGGAGAGACCGUCACCAUUAGAGGAAUGCCCAUUUCCAAUCGCUCUCCAAAUAUGUCAAGAAUCCCGCAUACAUACACUGAAAACAUAUGCCUUGGUCCAACAUCCAGAUUUGCCAGAAUGCACUUUCUACUUCAAUCCCCGUCAAGAUCUUCUCUGGUUAAGUGGCGAUAUCUCGAGCGACACUGAACGCCUCAAGGAGCUACAAGCUUCCUACCAGGCUUUUAUUAAUCUACUCAGGAUUCUUCUUGUUGAAGAAACAGAAUGGGGGGCCUGGGAUUGGGACCCAUCUUCUGCCUCAGCCCUAUCGAUUCUGCCUGCUCUGCGAAUUGUCGUACUGAUAGAGGAUGACCAUGACGAUGACGGUACGCUAAUUACGUAUCAUGCUGAGGAAUAUCAGGAGCUUGCUAUUGAAAGCCUAAAUGAUUAUUAUACGUUCUGCGAGUCCAUGAAUCCCAGCACGUCAUAUCGGCUUGAGUAUAUAGAUCGUGGUGGAAAUUCUUACCUCGGUACAUAUAUUCCUCAUAGAAUGAUUGAUACGAAGGCGCAAGCGAAACUCUAA